AUGGCGGUGCGUCUGUCUGUCCUGCCUUCCCUCCGGUGCCUGUUCGAUGAGCCCGUGCAGAUCCGUGUGGCCGGACUGCAGCCGCAGCAGGCGGUCACCCUCCGGGCCAGCCUGGUGGACGAGAGCGGGGAGGUUUUCCAAUCCCACGCUCUCUACAGGGCUGGGAGCAGCGGGGAGCUGGACCUCAGCCGCUCCCCAGCGCUGGGGGGCAGCUAUUUGGGAGUGGAGCCCAUGGGGCUGCUCUGGGCUCUGCGGUCCAAAACGCCCUAUAAGCGGCUGGCAAAGAGGAAUGUCCUGACCCCUUUCUGUGUGGACUUGGAAGUGUACGAGGGCCAUGGGGACACGAGCCACUUGCUGGGAAAAUGCAUCAACGAACGAUGGUUUUUAGGAGAGGGGGUGAAGAGGAUUUCGGUUAGAGAAGGUCGUCUCAGAGCAACCCUCUUCCUCCCUCCUGGACCUGGCCCAUUCCCUGGACUUAUUGAUUUGUAUGGAUCUGGAGGAGGUCUUAUUGAAUACAGAGCAAGUCUCCUGGCUAGCAGAGGCUUUGUGACUCUGGCUCUUGCUUACAUGUCCUUUGAAGACAUCCCUGCUAUGCCAAAGAUCCUUGAACUGAGCUAUUUUGAGGAGGCUGUGAACUUUUUGCGUAAGCAGCAGCAGGUGAAAGAUACUGGCAUUGGUGUUUUGGGCUUGUCUAAAGGAGGUGAUGUAGCCCUUUCCAUGGCCACAUUUCUACCUGGGAUCAAGGCAGCUGUCAGCAUAUCUGGAAGUAGUUUUAAUUCCUUUAUUCCCCUGAAGGGGGAUGGCUUCACUAUUCCUGUCCACCCAUAUGACUUGGGGAGGGUGAAGAUCAGUGAUGAGUCUAGAAUAGUAGAUUUUUCAGAUGUCUUAGACGAUCACAUGGACCCAGCAACUUGGGAUUGUCGCAUACCUGUGGAGCGGUCCUUAGCCAAGUUCCUCUUCCUGUCUGGACUGGAUGACAUGAACUGGAAAAGUGACCUCUAUUGCCAGGAUGCUGUUCAGCGCCUUCGGCAACAUGGCCGAGAAGUGGAGUUCUACUCCUAUGCUGGAGCAGGGCACCUCCUGGAGCCACCAUACUUGCCUCUGUGCAAAGUUUCAAUCCACAGGGUGCUUGGGAUGUUGGUGCAUUGGGGAGGGCAGUGGAGAGAGCAUGCUAAAGCCCAAGAAGAUGCAUGGCGCAGGAUACAGGCCUUUUUCUGGCAACAUUUGAUGGACUCAGACAUCCCUAAGAGCAAGCUGUAGUGGAAACUGUCAUAGAUACUGGCCAGGGAUGGUAUUUCAGCACUCACUGGAUCUUGGAAACUCACCCGAAGUUUCCUGGACUGCCUUCGUCUAAACUCCACUGUUGCAUAGUUGUUUAUUUUCAUUCCCCAAAUAAUUUCCCAGUUUUAGUUGAAUUUCAGUUGACUUCUGACCCCAGCUUCACAGUAGAUUGGCACCAUCUGUGCUGUAGUCUAAAAACAACCCAGCAUCCCAUCAUCUAAAUCACAUUUGUGCUGAGCUAUCUUUGCCCUCAAUCUGCCACCAUCUCCUUUCAUAAGCGGAAAUACUCUUACAGGAGGAGUUAUCCAUGGAAUGGUUUAGUCUUGCACCUUUAACUAACAUAGAUAUAAACAGCAAUU